UGUCACAGUGUUUUGGUCAUCAGCACGGAGAGGAAACAUGGCGGAUGUCUGCAAUGAUGAAGCACUGUUACACGGACACUUUCCCAAGGAUUUGACACCGUCUCAUCUUGAUAAAGCAGCCAGAAACAUCUGCUGAGGCGCACCGAUAUCUGUAGACUGCGUAAGAGAACAUGGGGGCUAAACAGAGUACGAACACACGCAUGAGGACCUUCUCUAAUGGCGGUGGCGCCACGGCCAGGAAUAAUGGCGGGGUGGCGAUGAGCUCGCCUGGCCCCAACCAGAUUCACGGUCAUGUCCCCGGAGCCUCGGGGCUGCAUCCAAGGAUCGGCAACAGGACACGCUCGCUUGGCAGUGUUCAAGGUCCGCAACCAUUGAGUAUUCCAUCAAACGGCGCAUACAGUGCUCCGGACAGCGAAAACAGUACACCGGACGAUGGCAGGCUUUUCCCCAUGGGUGCCGCACAGUCUCUGCCGGUGCAGCUGAUCGCACCAUCGCUGCUAAGUGGGAUUAAGUGUCCCGUCUGCUCUAAGUUCGUGCCUCCUGAUGACAUUGAGUGCCACCUUGUUAUGUGCCUGACCAAACCCAGGAUUAGCUACAAUGAGGAUGUUCUUGCUGCUGAUGCUGGAGAAUGUGUCAUAUGUUUUGAAGAUCUUUCCCAAGGAGACACUAUAGCGCGCCUGCCCUGUCUGUGCAUCUAUCACAAAGGAUGUAUUGACAAGUGGUUUGAGGUGAACCGUUCCUGUCCAGAGCAUCCUGGGGACUGACUGGGGGACAGGCUACCCAGGACUGAGGACAGUGUUUGCUGCUCUGCAUUGCUCUCUGCUGUGGACAGAGGGCGCUAGUCCGAGACUGAGCUAUCCUGGGACAUGAGGAGGGCCCUCCCCCAACUGGCAAAUAGAUCCAACAUUCAGCUUCGUAAUAAAUUGUCAAAUUCCAAUCAGCUCAAAGCAAAGAAGUUCAGUUUUUGAUAGAGAUGACCAAAGAAAGAGAAAGAAACAAAUUUGGGUACCGUACUUUUUUUUUUUUUUCAAAUCAAAGUCUCUUCACAAAUCCUUCACAAUUCUGAAAAUGCUGAGCAUCAUGCAAGUUAAUGCAAAAAGGGACUUUGAGUUUGAGUAGAUAACACAGUAAACUUAAGGUAGGUAUUUUGGAUGUGAUUUUUUGUAAAUUCAGAUGUCUUAGAUUGCUCGAGUAUGGCAUGCGGCAACAGUAGAUCUGUCACUGCAAGGUCGUUAAAGACUAGCGUAAUGUUUAGUCGUUAAAGUUUUUGUGAAGAAACUGUAUCCAGGGACUGCUAUGUGCAGACAUGUCUUUCGAAGUUAAGGCCAGAAAGGGACCCAACAUUGUGGGGAUGAUUUGACUUUUAUGCAAGUACAAAUAAUGAGCCUGGUUCAAUCCACAAUGUCUGGCCCUUCUCAGCCAAGGUAGUAGCUGUAAAUAUGAUGAUAAUUGUUGUAUUUGAAAUGACUGUGCUUAGGAAGCCAAAACUUGUUUUAUAUAUUAUUUUCAUGUAGGUAAAUUUUGAUUGUGUACAAAUGACAUGUCCCCAGGAGUUUCUGUAUAUUUGUGUUCUGUUUGAUUCUUUAAGCGGAUUUUAAGAUUUGUUCACCUAUUGAUUAAUGAUGCUAAGCAAAAUGCUUUUACAAGGACAAUUGGUCUGUAUACAGACUUCCUUAGCAUUGCACGAUAUAGAUAUGUAUUGUACAUGUCAGCUCUAAUGUUAUAGUUAUGUGAUGUUGCUUUACCAUAAAAAUUGUUUUAUGCAUGCACUUGAAUAUUUUAAAUGUACAUUCAGUCAUUCAAUGUGAACAAUAUUAUGUACUUGUUUAGGCUGAAUGUGAAUCAAAGAAUAGACUGUGUGAGAAACAGACUGGUACAAUAUCAAUCAAAUGUUUAACUACUAGUGUUUGGGCUAAAACAGUCACAGUGACACGAGUGCUUCAAACAAAGAGCAGCACUGCACAAAGUAGGGGCUUCCCAACGCACAACUAUUUUCUGCAGGUCAAAGUCAGAGAAACACAGUCAGCGUUCCAUAAAGUUUCAUAUCUGUAAACAUUAGAGAGGCCAGUAUUUGGAAACUAAUGCAAGAUUUCUGCUGCAACACUAACAUGCCGAGUACUGAAUUGUACAUUUUUUAUACAUUCUAAGCCCUGUAAAAUAGUCAACAAUGUACAAAAGACACAGUAAAGUCAUUGACCCCAUAUAGGGCAGACGUGUUGGUGAAACAAAGAUGACAAUUUAUCUUGUCCUUUGUCUGAAAGGAUACCAAACUUGUAGGUAUGACAAUCCACCUUAUUGAUCUGACCAUUUGUAUAGUGUAUCAAGUGGUAAAUUUUUUUUGUUUAGACGAGUUUUAAGAAAAAUGUUACACAUACUUUUUAUCCCACAGAAAUACUAGGAAGAAAAAGCAAAAACUGGUUGGAUUGUACUAGUUGGAUUGAAGCAAGCUGGUUGAAUUGAAACAACCAUCGCAAACUGAAAUGAAUUCAGUCCUGAUGAAAGUCAUUUACCGUAUUGAUUUUUUUUAAUGAAACAAAUGAAAAGGACUUUCACAAAGACUUCUGCCCAUUGGUAGAGGCAUAAGUGGUUACCAAGAACAAAUAUUGGAAAUACUAAGAUGACAUUGCAGGGGAUUGUCAAGGAUGGUAUCUUGAGUAGUUUGUAUCUUGUACGGUCUGUAAGAAAGUGAUUUUUACCAAUGUAACAGUACCCUGAAUGUGCUCUGUAAAUAUUUCAUGCUGAUGAUGCUUCCAUCAGAUAGACAGUCCUGCAUUCAAUACUGAUGAUCUAGUCAAGUGUGUCUUUACUUGAAGGGAAAGGAAAUUUCCAUGAUUGCAAACAUCAAGUGACAAGCAUAUGUGACUACUGUGCGAUCUUGCUAGGGCAAAGCCAGUUUUCAUUGCAAUAAAGUGUGGCUUGGUUUA